UAACUUUUAACAGAUAAAUCGUACUGGUACGAACAAGCCAAGAGUAAUUUAAUGAAGAAUGUUAGAGAGGAGAGGAAUUACAACAUUGCCAAAAAUCUUAUCUUGUUUAUUGGAGAUGGAAUGGGAAUAACUACCAUAACUACUGCUAGGAUACUAAGAGGUCAGCUACUUGGACAGAAUGGCGAAGACACAGAAUUAGCUUUCGACAAGUUCGAACAUGUAGCAUUGUCAAAGACCUACAACACAGAUAGCCAGGUAGGAGAUUCUGGAGCUUGCGCCACAGCGUUACUCUGCGGGGUGAAAAGUCGUUUUGAAACAAUUGGUUUAGAUGACAAUGCCAUUUACGAUAAAUGCUUUAGUAGCUUCACUUCUCGUGUCCCUUCUCUAACAGACUGGGCUCAACAAGAAGGUAAAGCUACGGGUGUGGUAACGACAACACGCAUUACACACGCAACACCUGCAGCUGCAUACGGGCACGCAGCGAGCAGAUAUUGGGAGAGCGACGAUAAAAUGCCUGAAGAUGCUAAAAGUGCUUGUAAGGAUCUCGCCAGGCAACUAGUUGAAGAUGAACCUGGACGAAAUAUAAAUGUGAUUUUAGGAGGAGGAAGACGUCACUUCGUCCCGAAAUGGGAACGAGAUCCCAAAAGACCGACCGAGAUGGGAAGGAGAAACGAUGGACGAAAUCUCAUAGAAGAUUGGCAAAGAGAUAAAAAAGCCAGAGAUCUCUCUUAUCAGUAUGUUUGGAGAAAGGAAGACUUCGAUAAUGUCGACUCUAAUAAAGUUGAUUAUUUAUUAGGUCUUUUCGAACACGGUCAUCUUUCUUACGAUUCGGAUAGAGAUACAGGACCAAAUGGUGAGCCAUCAUUGGCAAAUAUGACAAGAAAAGCUAUCGAAAUUUUGAGAAAAAAUCCUCACGGAUAUUUUCUGAUGGUUGAAGGUGGAAGGAUCGAUCAUUCACAUCACUUUAAUAAUGCUCGCAGGGCAUUAACUGAUACUUUAGCAUUUGAAUAUUCUGUUGUCACUGCUCUCGAGAUGACAAAACCAGAGGACACGCUAAUUGUGGUCACUUCAGAUCAUUCGCACGUUUUCACUUUCGGUGGUUAUCCCAAGAGAGGAAAUCCAAUUUUUGGUGUAGAUGAUAAAGUAUCUGACGUUGACGGUAUGCCAUAUACCACCUUGUUAUAUUCGAAUGGACCAGGAUAUAAUAAGAAUCACCCGAAUGGCAGAGAAAAUAUAUCUGGAAUUAAUACGGGAGAUAAAAAUUACAUACAGCAGUCGGCAGUUCCUCGUAGAUGGGACACUCACGGUGGAGAAGACGUACCAGUUUACGCUCACGGACCCAUGUCUCAUCUAUUUCGAGGGGUGUUCGAACAGACGUACAUUCCGCAUGCGAUGGCCUACGCUGCGUGUAUAGGUCCAGAGAAAGAUAAUUGCCAAUUUAGAAUGGAAUCGCAUACAAAACGAAUCGAAGCGUGCAGACCAGCAGAACUAAGAAGCCAAGCUGGAAAAAAGUUUUCUAAUUUAUGGUUAAUGAUAAUGUUAUUGAGCAUCGUCGUUGGUACUUGACAUUGUUCGAGAAACGAAUAAAGUUUCUUGGAUAUUAAUUUAUUGAAGUAAUUUAAACUACAUCUGAAGUUUGAAACAGUUCUCGACAGUUUGAGUGUACAAAAGAAUACGAGCAUGAAGUAAAUUUCAUAGAAUGUGUAUUAUCAAAAGCUAUUUAACUGAAGAAUAAAUUAGUAAAGGCUGUAACACUCGAAAAAUUCGAGAGUUAAAAUGCAUCUGAAGGUAAGUCAACAUCAUAUUGAUGGUUGAAUUAUAAAGUGCUUUGAUUUCAGAUUCAUUCCUUUAAGCUUCCAAUCGAUGAUGGGCCAACCUUUUUGUUUUUUAAUUGUAAAAAUACAUGAAGAUAAGAGCUGUCUAACGUCCGUAAAUUUUUUUGUGUGUAUCUGGAAAUUAGAAAAUGUAAAAAAAUUAAGUAUAAAAUAAAGAAA